GGCGGCGCUAGAGUUUGCCUGCGGUACCGGGCCGUGACUCUCCUCCCCGGGCGCCCUCCUCGACAGCGGCUGCUGUGUCUCUCGGAGCGUGCCGGGGUCGUGUCAAUUCCAGGCGCCCGUCACCAGCCGGCAGCAGCAUGUGGCGGUCGGCCGGGGCCGCGUUCCGAGCCUUGUCGGGCUUCGGGCGGCAGCCCCUCCGGACCCUGUCGGCGUCCCCGAGCGGCGUCCAGAAGGGCGUGACGCUGAGCGUGUCGCCCCCGGUGGGCCUGGCGGACGAGCCCCUGCACAUCCAGGUGCAGGGCUUGAGCCCCGGCGAGCCUGUGACGGUGCGGGCACUGGCCGUCAGCUACUACGGCCGCCUCUUCCAGUCAUGCGCCCAUUACGAGGCCGACAGCAUCGGGGCGCUGGACCUGACCAAGGACCCCUCUCAGGGAGGCGACUACACGGGCGUGGAGCCCAUGGGGCUGAUGUGGAGCCUGACCCCGGCCGGCAUGGAGAACCCCUAUAUCCGCAUGGUGCAGCGGAGUGUACUCAAGAAGCCCCUCAAGCUCGAGGUGACCGUGCACCAGGCGCACAACCAGACCGGGCUGCUGCUGGGCCAGGUGCUGGCCUCGGCCAGGGUGGAGCGCUGGUAUGCCACCCCCGAGAUCCGGGCCAUCAGGGUCCGCGAGGGCACCGUCCGAGGGUCCUUCUUCCUGCCCCCAGGGGAUGGUCCAUUUCCUGGUGUGAUUGACAUGUUUGGUGAUGAAGGGGGACUACAUGAAUUUCGAGCUAGUCUUCUUGCUUGUCGAGGCUUUGCUACCCUAGCUUUGCCAUAUUUUGCUUUUGAAGAUCUACCUCCCAUCAUGAAAGAUUUAAAUCUUGACUAUUUUGCUCAGGCUGCUAAAUUUGUGCAGAAUCACCCAAAGGUGAAAGGUCCCAAAAUUGGAGUGAUUGGAUCAGGCAAAGGAGCAGAACUGGCCUUCUCAAUGGCCACCUUCCUCCCCGAUGUGGCUGCUGUGGUCAGUAUCAAUGGGUGCAUCUCCAACACGGGCACCACUCUUCAGUGUGGCCAAGUAAUCCUUCCAGGGCUUCCCUUUGACCUGGAUAAAAUCACUGUCACUUCCUCAGGAGUGUAUGAUGUUAAAGAAGCCCUUGUAGACCCCUUGGAUCCUGCUUAUGGAGACAGCCUUAUCCCCAUAGAAAAGGCUAACUCUCAUUUCCUUUUUGUGGUUGGAGAGGAUGACAAACAGUGGAAUAGCUCUUUGUAUGCUGACUUGGCAGUCAAGCGCUUAGAAGAGCAUGGGAAAAAAAAUUACACUCUUCUGAGUUACCCUAAUGCAGGUCAUCGAAUUGAUCCACCCAAUAGCCCCUUUUUUCCAGUUGCCUUGGAUCGGUGGCUGGGGGUCCCUAUUCUGGGUGGGGGUCAGUGCAGAGCCCAUGCUAUUGCUCAGGAGGAAUCUUGGAAGAAGAUCUUAGAAUUUUUGAAGAUGCAUCUAGAGUGAAAAGUAUAAAACCAUAAAGUUAGGUUGAAGUGAAUCCCCAAACAAUGCAACAAAUUGAUUUCAAAGGAAUAUAAAGGCCUGAAUCUGUAUAGCUUUGUAAAAUGAAAAUUAAGGUCUCAUAUCCAUCUACAUGUUUUUUUGGGGGAUGUAAAAUUACUAAGGAAAUUGUAUUUUUUUUUUUUUUUUGUAGCAGUUCAAGGAAACUGAUUGAACGGUCAGAAGUAUUUCAAUUUUGUGUUUACCAGAGCCUGUUAUUCUUAAGCUAUCUAUUGAAUAAGGUUUUAAUUUGACUUAUCUAGGGGAAGAUAGAGGCUUCAAUUACAAAGGGAGAGAUGAUUAUUAAAUGAAAGAGCAAAAAUAGUUUUCAUCAUGGCCCCUUUGGGCAUUAAAAAUCAAUUUGUACACCAGUGGCUUAUCUAUUUUCUAUUUUUCCAUUUUCUUUUUUACUCAGAAAAAUACUCUUCUGUAUCUGCCACAGAAAUAUUUGUAAAAAAAUUUCUUGACCAGAGUACAUACUUGAAUGUGAUCUUAUUAUUGACUACAUGCCAUUGGAUUUUUGAUAAAAAACUUUACUUGGCAAUGUAAAUGUCAACAUAAAGCUGUAAGAUCAGCUGCAUUGACCUUGGGUUUUGUGGAACCCACUUUUUUAAAGAUCAGCAAAGAUUUCAACAUAAAAAAGUUCUUAGAAAAUCUAAGUGUCUCUCCAGCAAACAGCAGUCCAAUACUGAGAACAGAUCUUGGUGUUUAUUGCAUCUUUCUUCUCCAUUUCUGUCUUUAUUAAUAUGUAUUUGACAUUUCAAAAGUUUAUUGAAUUUAGAUUAUCCUCCAAAAUAAACAAUUUCAGUACAGAAAUUCUUCUUUUCUAAUGAUUUAGAAUCUUUCUUCCUGUAACCCCCAACAUCUAAAGUUAAAUUUAUUGGUGGAGGAAGGAUUCACUUUUAAAUCACCAUUGAUCCUAUUUUUUUUUUUUUUUUUUUGAUGCUUUGGAUUGGAGGAUAUUAAGUCUUUGGUUUUGUUUUCAUUUAGAUUCCUUUCCCUGAUGUCCACACAUUUCAUUGGGAGGAGGGGAUGGGAGGAUUUGUGACUGAGUUGAACUACCCUUAGAUCCCAAUAUGAGUCAUUGUUAUAAUGCAUUUUAUAACAUUAUUACUUAAGCAAAGCCACACUUCAAAAUGUUUGAUAUUACAGAACAAAACCUCAGCAGAUUGAGUAGUUACUGCCCUUUCUUACAUUCAUGUAAGAAAUAGAAAUGUGGCAAGUCAGAUUUUUUUGAAAUCUCUUUUCUAAAACAACAGUAAAGGAAAAUGUGCCUUUAAAAAUCUAAGAGCCAUGAUCUGAGGUUGCCAUUUGAAGUUUGAUGUACUGUUAAUUCUAAUUUAAUUUGAAUGAAUUUGACUGUUUUAAGUAUCCUGAAAAAGGGGUAUUAGUCACACAUAGCUAGGUUUUUCAGUUGUGUGUGUUUUAAAUAAAGCAUGUCAAAACAGUAUUUUUUCUCUAAUCAGGCCAUUAGACCUCAUAAAUACCUCCCCUCUCAUCCAAACUAUGCACUUACUUUAAAAAAUUGUAUUUAUUUAUAUUUAUCAUUUUUCUCACUGUUUGUAUCUGUUUUCAGUCAUAGGACACUACUUUGUGCAGUAUUUCAAAGUUUCCUAUGGAUAGAUUUUUUUCCUGAAUUUUCUGAUUUGUGGACUCCUUUUCAAUUAUUUUGACUAUUUUAGCAUUGUAAAUCUUUGCUAUACUCAACUGAUUUUCCUUCUUUAAUUUGUUUAGGUAGAAAUAGAGGUGUUUGACUUUAAAUUUUAUUUAUUAGGGUGUUUAAAAAAAUGAGACACAAGAAUAUCUAGCUUCAUGUUGUGGAAUUAUUUGUUUAUUUAUAUUAAGGGUGUAAAGAACACAGCAUCACUUUUUUAAAAUAAAUGUUCUUAAAUUUUGAAAUCAGAAAUGUUUCUCUAAAAUGUGUGUACAGAAUAUUGUUAAAUUAAUUUUCAAAAACAAAUAAAUUUCUGAAGAACA